ACAUUUCCGCAGUAGCAAGUGGGACCGCUGUGCCGUGCCCGGGGAAGGCAGUCAUUAUGGUUCGCUUCAAAUCCAGGUACCUGUUAUGUGAGAUAGUGUUCGAGAAUCCACAGUUUCGGCAAUGUAUCGAGGAGAAGAAUAUCUAUAAAAGAGUCAAGGAUGCAAUCAUUCAAGUACAUGGUGACUUUGGAUAUGGCUGUUGCUCAUUAUCUCUGGCAGUCAAGUACCUAAAUGCCUACACAGGGAUAGUCUUAUUGAGAUGUCGGAAAGAUUUCUACCGACUGUUAUGGUCCGCCCUGCAGUUUAUCACUUUUCUGGAGAGCAAGAACCAGAAGUAUCCCUGUUUCUUCAGCACACUACAUGUGGGAGGUACGAUCCGAACCUGCCAGAAGUUCCUCAUCCAGUAUAACCGCAAGCAAUUGCUCCUCCUCCUGAAAGACUGUAAAACCAAAGGGGAGAGGGAAUCCAUUCAAAGGUCAAUCUUGAGUUGUUCACUGAAAGAAAUGGAGCAAGAGCAAUUGAAGUAUCAAGAUGAAGAUAUAGGUGUGAAUUAAGUAAUGAAAAUAAACUGCAAAACAGCAAGAA